GCCAGUGCGCGGCUGAGGAGGCGGCCACGACAAUAGGACACGUGCAUGCGGUCGGCGGAGGAGACUUCGGUCAAAUCUUGCCGCCAAUCUCGGAGUUGAGCGGAGGGGUUGACGUCAACAACAAGCUUUUUCCACCUUAUCGUCGUCGACCUUUGUGAGCUCCGUUCUCGGCGAGUCGUCCGGUGUAUCUUCGGCGAACAUUCCACGUCCAGGAAACUGCCAAAUUAGGAAAGGAAGGGAGGACAAAUCUGGCAAUUCCAGGAAACCUCCCGGAAGGCAGAAAUACGGUCUGAACAACUCUGCACCGAAAGCCUGCGGACAGAGAGAGAGAGAGAGAGAGCGAAUCUGAAGAGGUGUGGUGUGUGCUGGGGAACAGAGAGAGAGAAGGGUGGGAGUGUGAAGACUCGUGGUGUGUGUUUAUAUGCGCCAAAUUUUGCUAAAUAUAGCAACUAACCACUCACCCGCUCACCCACCGACUGACCCACCGACUGACCCACACAACCACCCACCCACCAGUUCAGCAUCCGAACGCACAUGCACGCGUGCACGCAAGCACGCACACGCACAGUGCCUCUCGCAAAUGUAGUCAUUGACAGCUGUAUCAUUUAUACCUUCAUUACGCCCGUUUUCCUAAUCAGGAAAAGACGUGUGCUGUUUCCGUUGUGUCCUCUUUCCUAAUCAGGAAAGGACGUGUGCUGUUUCCCGUGUGUCCCCUUUCCUAAUCAGGAAAGGAUGUGUGCUGUUUUCGUUCUGUAGGCGUUUCGAGAAAUAGGCUCCGUUGUAUUACAUCACGAGGAGCUGAUAUAGAUGACACUUUCCUGAUUAGGGAAGGAGGAGAGCGUGCCCCACGAGUAAUAGUAGUAUUAGUACUAGGAGGAGGAGGAGGUGGCGGGGGCUGUGCAAAGGUGAUUGAGGAGGAGGUGCAGAGAAAAACAGGUGUUAAAAAAGAAGACAAGGACACAAGCUGUGCCUGGGCUUCUUGUAGGGCCAGGUACGGAACUCUAUCGAUCCUGGUCGCAAUUCCACGUGUCAAUCAUCCAGUCGUCUGCACUUGGCUCUUAUCUCUGCCUUGUUCAUCUGAGCUGGAUCCCGACUGGAGUGGAUUCUCUAGGGCACAGGACCGGAAUCGUUCAGAGAUAGAGAAGGAAGACGGGGAAGAGGAAGAGGAGUGCAGCAGCAGCAGCAGGAGGAGGAGGAGGAGGAGGGGGGGGGAGCCCACUCUUAGCAUUAUCAGCGGGCAACCCAUCUUUCAGAAUGGCAUUUGUACCGGAUGAGUUAGAUAACUUUGUAUGGCCGGAUGCGGGAAGCUUCGGCGAGCUCGCGGAUGUUGGGAAGGGUAUGCAGAAGGGAUGGCAGAUUAAGGAUCAGGAUUGCAGUAGCGCGGGGCAGCCGCUUGCGGAUGCGGUGGCGCCGACGUUGAAGCGGGACGGAGGACUAGAGAGUGUGAUCAAUGGGACGACGGUGACGACGACGGCGGUACCGACGACAACCGCAACGACGACGGGGACGGUAACGGAGGGGCCGACAGGAAGGAACUGCGUGCGGAUCGACGAUGACCUGCAGAACUGGCUGAACAACUCGGGGCCAGGGGCGGAGGAGCUAGAGGAUGCGUUUUGUCCAACGUACUUUGGGAACAUGCCGCCGCAAUCGAAUGUCCAGAUCCUCAAGGACAGCACAGUCAGCGGGACGACGGCCCGGCUUCUUCAGCAGCGCACCGCACACAUGAUGUCUCUGCAUUCUGUGAAUAAUCCGAUGAGCAGCAGGCAGGUGAGCGCAGCGGCCGCAUUGGCCCUCGCAGCCAGCCGAGCCGCCGGCAUCAUUCCUCCGUUGCAGAAUGGGACGGACGCGUUCGGGAAGGUGCGGACGACGUCGACCGCCCUGGUCCCUCCUCUGCGUGGCGACUUGACGGCCCCGGGACAUGGCACCAUGUCAGGGUCGACCAGUCAACUGGCUGCUUCGCAGGAGAACGGCGGAGCUGCAGGAGGGGUAGGAGGAGGGACGAUGGCGAACGCCCGCCCCCAUGGUGGCAACUUCCUCAACUUUCUGCGGCCGGGCCUGUGCGACAAGACCCGCAGCCAAAUUAUGGGCAUCCAGAGCUGUGGCAUCGGGACGAACACACGGCUACGCACAAGCGGGCAAGUGGAUGGCCUGGGAAGUGGGACUAAGGCGCAGGGGGGUUGCUCGACGGUCAGCGGGACAGCUGGCACGGUGUCGGCAAUGACGCCAACGUCGUGUGUGAGUGAAAGGGCCAGCAGCGGGCAACGCGGGAUGAUCCAUGGCGUGACCCUUCCUGGACACUGUGUAGUGGGGGGCGGCAACGAAGGGGCAGGGGGUGCGCUUGGGGCCGCCAGCGGCGUUCCAGCACCCAGCACGCGGGUCGCUGCAAAUGGUGGUGCCUCGUUGAGUGUAAAGACCGGUCCGCGGCUACUGAUGGGCGUCGGGGUUGAUAGGCUGAAGGGUCUGCGGGGUAGCACUUGUGUAGGAGGAGGGGGAGGGGGAGAUGCUGUACGGAACCCUGGUGGACAAGUGCAGGUGGCGGCUGCGACAACAUCGCAUCCGAUGACGGGUCUGCGCAACACCUCACCCCGCUCACAAACGCGUUCUCCGUCGGCCAUGGAGCACUCGGGUUUGUCUUGCAUCCAAACUUCGCGGCCAGGUCCGACUGCCUCGCCGUCGGUUCAAACAACUUCCACAUCCAUUCAAACUUCGCCGUCGAUACAGACAUCGAUCGGCAAGGGCAUCUCCGUACUGCCGCCGCCACCAGUUUCAGCGGCGACCACGAGUACCUGUGUUACGAACACCGCGAUCACGGACUCGAUCCAGAGCUCGGGUGCGAGUCUGUACCCUCCGCUUGUGAAGGCGGACUGUAAUAUGUCCACGCAGCCGGCGGUAGAUAGCGCAGAGGCAACUGUGACAUCCUCGUCGGGUGCAUCGGGAAACAGCUGCGAGAGAGCGACCUCUGCAGCACAGAACGAGCCUUGUCUGACCGCUCUUCUUAGGAAAAGACCACGAGAAGACGACGGUCUUGUGACUGGAACCGAGGAAGGUGAGGACGACUCGUGUGGCGAUGCGAAAAAGCCAGCGACGAUGGGCAAUGGCAUGGCCACGCCUACGGCUGCAGGCAUGGGCACUGCUACUACAACCACCGCGACCACAACCACGACCACCAGCACUGUCACCAAGGACAAGCCCACCACAGCCACGAAGAGAAGCCGGGCGGCAGAGGUUCAUAAUCUGUCCGAGCGGAGGCGCCGUGACCGGAUAAAUGAGAAAAUGAGGACGCUGCAAGAAUUAAUACCGAACUCAAACAAGACCGACAAAGCAUCCAUGCUGGACGAGGCAAUCGAGUACCUGAAGAUGCUUCAAGUUCAGCUGCAGAUGAUGUCGAUGCGGUUUGGUGUUGUGGUCCCGCCUGCGAUGCUGCCGGCCGGAAUGCAGAUUCAUCAUCCGACGUUGCCGAGUGCUGCGGCAGCGGCGGCCAUGUCAGCAACAGCUGGCGGCAUGCCAUUAGGCAUGCUGGACAUGUCGCUCUCCAUCCCGGUCACAGCUGUUCCAGCGGCAGCGGGUACUUUGUUCGACGCCCACGACCAUCAUCAGCAUCAUCAGCAUCAUCACCAAUCGUCGCCACACAUGAUCGCCACGGCCGCCUCCAUGAUAGACCCCCUUCGAGUGUAUCUAAAUCCACUGCACACUACUCAUCAGCACAUCGGUGCCGACAUGUACAAUGCCUUUGUAUUGCAGCAACAACAAGCUCACAACCUUGGUGGUGUUCCCCCUCAUUAAGGAUUUGCAUCAUGAUGUGAGAGUUGCAAUUGCUGUCGUUAGUUCGGAAUGGGGAUGGGGAACCCCUCAGCCGAACCGAAUGGACUUAGAACUAAACUAGCAAAGCUAGCUCUGAGAGAGAGAGUAAGGUCGUCGUGAAUCGCUUCGGAGGAAUGCUGGCCGUCAAUGAUGCGAGAAGGGAGAGCAAGGACAUAUGUCAUCAGAACAUGGGGAUAAGAUGAUGUGUGUGUGUGUGUGUGUGUGUGUGUGUGUGUGUGGAUAUCACGGAGCCAGGCGUGGUGAAUUGCGUGAAGUGGGUUGUAGUGAUGUUCUCGCAAAGAUUACUUCCUCGUCCUUUUCCUCAUCAUGGUUGUUUUCUCCUCCUCCUACUCCUCCUACUCCUACUCCUACUCACUCUCCUCCUCCUCCUCCUCCUCUUCAUUGUCAUGAUCAUCUUCUUUCUUUUUCAUUUGAGAAGCCGAUGUCCAGACGUACAAUUUUUUUUUCGUGAAAUUCCGUUGUUGAAAUAGUGUGUAAUUAUGUGGAGGCCUCGUGACAGAUUGUCAGAGGAGGGUUGUCGUUGAUCUGUAUGUGGUGGACGGUCUCAAUUUGUGUUAUCAGUGCGUUGAGAGAGAGAGAGAGAGAGAGAGAGAGAGAGAGAGAGAAGUGGGGAGGGGAGGGGGUGUGUGUUGGUGAAGUCUCUGGAGGUUAGACUAGUCGACGAUGUGAAAAUGCCCAAGCGGUUGGCAUUGGCAUGGAAGGCAAGGUGGUGGUGAGGUGAGGGGAGAAAGAAAGGAGGCCCCCCUUUGACACAGGAGCCCGUGGAGGGAUUUGUGUAGGUGUGAGAAUUGCCCAAGCAGUUGGCAUCAUGGAAGCCAAGGUGAUGGUGAGGGGAGAAAGGGGGUUUUGACACAGGAGCCCGUGGAGGGAUUGGGGGUAGGUGUGAGAAUUGACCCACUGGAUUGGGGGUACCUUGUGCCAAGAUGGGUUUGAAAUUUGAACCCAGCUCCUAUGUCCCCUUCUGUUUCUUAUGAAUUUUUCUUUCCUGAAUUGGAAAGUUCCUUCCUUUUCAUUCUCUGCACACCUUCUUUCAUGUGUUCCUAGGCCCUGUACUACAUGUUGGCCAUGGUAAGCAGAGGCUGUGUGUGUGUGUGUGUGUGAGAGAGAGAGAGAGAGAGAGAGAGAGAGAGAGAGAGAGAGAGAGAGAGAGAGAGGUUUGGUGGAGGUGGAAGGGAGGAUUGUGUGCGGGAAUGGCAUUGUGUUGGGAAAGGGAGGGGAUAACGUGCUCUGAGAGAUUUUGAGGGGCUCUAUCGUAAUUGCACGAGUGUUUUCAAGGGGCUCUUGCGUAAUUGCAUUCUGGAAAUAAGUGUCGUCUGUGAGAGGUCGCGUGGAAGUUAAAGCCGUUGAAAGAAGUGGAGGGGUUGGGGAUAUGGAGACCAUGAGGAGAGGGAGAGAGAGAGAGAGAGAGAGAGAGAGAGUUGAGGAGGCGAGACAGCGUGCGUGAAUUGAGAGAGUUGUGGCCCUGGCUCUGUUGCAUGAUAACCGAUUGGGAACUCGUUCGCGAGCGUUGAGCGUCACGUCACCGUGUGAACGAGGGCCAUCGAUAUUCUUCCCACACCCACACACAUGGAUGCAGUUAUGUUCUUCCGGCCGGCCAGAAAAGUCCUAAGAUAGAGGCAAACUGUGACAAAUAGGCGUAAGUCUUCAAGUACUACAGUAGUAUCUGUUGACGCGGGACCGGGCAAUGGACUGUGCAUGCAUUGCCCCCUUCCCGAGCAAAAUAUUUGGAGCGUGGAAUUGUCAUCAUCUUAUAAGAUCAACUUGCUGUGCCGACCAUUGAGCCGGUCUGCACACGAGAAGCCACCGCGGGUCCGCGGACGAGAAGCCAGUUGUUGUUUGCUGGGUGGGGGCCUUUUCAGCUGUGCCUGUGGUGACCGUUGAGCCGCGAGCUAUGGGCGGGGGGUCCGGACAAGAAUAUCUGUUUGCUGGGUGGGGUGGGCUUUGCAGCUGCUGCUGCCAUUGCGCUGCUUGAAAACUGUAGUCGCAAACUACUGCGGCGCAACAAUUGGUGCGAGCAGGGCGGAGAGACGGCGUCCGCGCGGACGGACGGGGCGAAAGAGGGGUGUGUUUGUCUGUGAUGGCAAGUUUUUGAAGUGACUAUGCGUUUUGUGGGUGGGAGCCAAUGCACGCGCGUCACAGAAAGGAUGAAGAGCUGUUUGCGAAUGCAAGCGUGAGCGGCGCUCACGGUUUGGACAAGUGUUUGAGGAAUCCACCGCUGAUGAUGAGGGAGGGAGGGAGGGAGGAGGGGAAGGAGUUGCAUUCUUGCGUUUUGUGCCCGGGGUUAAAUUGGUAGUGUACAGGUGAGAGAAUUGUGGGUGAUGGUAGUGCUGGUGUUGAUAUGACGGUCACAGAUGAGUGAUCGAGUAUGUGUCUGGGAUUGCGUCCAGGUACAGCGUGUUAUGUAGGAGGAAGUAACUGAAACAUCUUUAUCUUCAGUCCUUUUUUGAGGGCAUCAGGGGAACGAUGAUGAUGAUGAUGAUGAUGAUGAUGAGGAGGAGGAGGAGGAGAAUGAUGAUGACAUUGAUAAUAGUGGGGGGGUGGAGGGGGAGGAGGGGGAUGGUACUUGGGAAGUCAUCAGUAGUUGAGAAUGGCAAUGCCGUCCCGGCGGGCUGUUGUGGGCAAACAGCCGAAUGACGACAAGGACCAUUCAUCAUCUUCUGGUCAGUAUUCUGACCAGGUUCAGGAGUGAGUGACAUUUCUGCUACUGCUAGCAGUGGGUACGAUUGUUCUUGUUUGCUGUUUUUAUCAAAGGAUAACCAACCAAUCAAUCAAUGAUUUCCUCAUAACUAUCUUCUUCGUCUACUACGUAUUGUGCUCAUGAACCUGGUCAGUAUUCUGGCCCAAGUUCCUGAGCAAGUGACAUUUCUAUAUGUUGUUGCAACAAAAUCUGUUGAUGCUU